GUGAUCAUGAGGAUUGUUGUAAGUGGGAAGGAAUUCAAUGCAGCAACCGAACAGGUCAUGUUGUUACGCUUGAUCUCCGGGCAGAAUAUUGGUGGUAUGUUGAACCUGCAACUAAACAUCUAGCAGAAGUUUCAAAUAAGCAAUAAUAGAUUCACGGGGUCAUUGCCGAAGAGUAUUGGAAACCUAUCCAAUCUUCAGACGUUGGAUGUUUCGGAGAAUUCCCUUGCAGGGGUGAUCACUGAAGCCCAUUUUUCAAAUCUCACCAAACUCAAAGAGUUAUAUUUAGGGUUAAAUUCUUUGAUUUUGAGAUUCAGCUACGAUUGGGUUCCAUCAUUCCAACUGGAUGUUAUUUAUUUGAGCUCUUGCAGAUUGGGAUCAGCUUUCCCAAAGUGGCUUCAAAGUCAAAAGAAUUAUAAUAGGCUUGAUAUUUCUGAUGCUGGAAUUUCUGACAUUAUCCCUGCUUGGUUUUGGGACUUCCCUCCCAUGUUAUUCUAUUUAAAUAUGUAUAACAAUCAGUUGCAUGGGAACUUGCCAGACUUGUCAUCAUCCAGACUUAGUGACUUUGCUAUUAUAGAUUUAAGCGCCAACCGUUUUGACGGUUCAAUACCACCUUUUCCAUCGAAUGUGUCAUCACUAGACCUAUCAAAUAAUAUGUUUUCUGGACCAGUUUCCUUCCUAUGUAAACUCAAUACUCCAACAUUAUUGGAUUCUUUAAACCUCUCAAACAAUACACUGUCGGAGAGCUUCCAAAUUGUUGGACAUAUAUUCGUGACUUGGUUGUUCUCAAUUUGGCCAACAACAAUUUCUAUGGGAAAAUACCAGACUCAAUUGGCUCCCUAGUCUCGAUUCAACUUUUACAUUUAAGCAACAAUGGAUUUGUUGGAAAUAUGCCGAUGUCCCUUCAGAAUUGUAGCGAGUUGAUAACCAUUGACUUGGGAGCAAAUAACUUGUAUGGAAUGGUACCUCCAUGGAUUGGUAAUAGUCUGCCAAAUUUGGUUAUUCUUAACCUACGAUCUAAUCAGCUUUAUGGAAGGUUGCCUUUAAACAUAUGUCUUCUAUCACAUAUUCAAAUCUUGGACCUUUCGUUGAACAAGAUCGAGGGAACUAUUCCAGAAUGUAUCUACAAUUUGACUGCAAUGUCUCGUACCAUGGAUACAAAUUCAAGUGCCAUAUACGUGUAUAUUAUGGGAAGAGGAUCUUAUAUAGAGUAUGCAUCAUUGGCAUGGAAAGGAAGAGAGUUUGUGUUCAAAAAUUCUUUGGGACUUGUGAAGAUGAUUGAUCUUUCAAAUAACAAACUACAUGGAGAGAUUCCAGAAGGAAUUACUAAUCUUACAGAACUAAUUGCCUUGAAUUUAUCGAGAAACAAUUUAUCUGGAUUAAUCACUCCGAGGAUCGGUUUGUUGAGAAAUUUGCAGUGUCUUGAUUUAUCUAGAAACCAACUUUGUGGUGAAAUCCCAAUGAGCAUUUCCAACUUAAAUUUUCUUAGUCAAUUGGACUUGUCCGCCAACAACUUAUCAGGCAAAAUCCCAACAGGAACUCAAAUACAAAGCCUCGAUGCUUCUGCAUUUUUGGAAAAUCCUAAACUAUGUGGCUCUCCACUUCCAAACGAGUGUCUAGAAGAUCUUCAUCCAAAUUACAUUAACAAUCAGGGUCACAAGGAGGAAAAUGAUGAUGAUGGAUUUAUAACUAAAGGAUUUUAUGUUGCUGCAAGUCUCGGAUUCAUUGUUGGAUUUUGGGGGUGUGUUGCAUUUCAGUGCUAAACAUACGGUAUAUAAUGAAGGGUCUCACUUCCAAUGCUCGAAUGAUAUUAGCAUAGGCUACACGUGGCAGUAGCUCUAUGUAUGCUCACUUUGUAAAGUUGAACUUUAAGGUAAAAGUCUUUUUCUUGUAUAUUAUAUUCAUACUCAUAAAUUAGCUAGUGAUAUAUUUCACCACAUAUAGUAUGAAUAUACAUAUAUUACCAUA